AUGGCUCUCUCAGCAUGCAACGUUGUGACAAAUCCCUCUUUUGAAACCGGCGUCCUGAACCCGUGGCAUGCAUCUGCUGUCGACGUCGCCAAGAUCAGCAAUGGCACAACUGCCUACAGUGGUGAAUAUUAUCUUAACCUUCAAACUGCAGUGGGAAACCGGGGAAACACAAUCUCGCAGUCCCUGCAGCACCUCAAGCCACGAUCCAAGUAUGACUUCAGUGCACAGGUACAGGUGCCGUCGCCGUCCGGUUCAUCGUACUGCUCCGUGUAUGUCUACUCGGGCAAGAACGCGACGGUCGGCGCCAUUGCUUCGGCACAGUUAUUCAACUUUGGAGAAUGGACAGGGAUUAGCGGAAGCUAUAUUCCCAGAAGAGAUCAUGACGUUUUGAACAUUGUGGCUGCUUGUGACUCGGAGGAUUCAUCCGUGACGGGCAAUGUGCUGAUUGACAACGUUAGCUUGAUAUCUGAGAAGUGUGGAUGGGCUUCGGACUAG